GGUUCUCUCGGAGCUCCUGCUCUGCCUGCCCGGCUCUUAUGCCCUGCGUGGAUCAGCCCCCGGCUCUCCCGGUGCGAGUGAGCGGCAGCGCCUGGGGCAGGACCGGCGGGAUUGCGUCGCCUUCCUCCUGCUGGAUUCUCUCUCUGUCUCCCGCGGGAAAGCGUCUGUCUGGAGCUGAGCGAGGAGGGGAAAGCAGCGAGCCAAGGGAGUGGUGAUCAGAAUGAAUGGACAUAUUCCAAACCCCCAUCCCAACAUAUAUGGAAAUUACUCUUCUCAAGUAAAUGGAUAUGGGUCACCGACAUUUUCUCAAGGCGACAGGGACCAGAGUACGAAGCCGAGUGCAAAAGCUUUGUAUGAGCAGAGGAAGAAUUAUGCACGCGACAGUGUCAGCAGCAUAUCUGAGACAUCACAGUACCAUGUGGAGCACUUGACGACUUUUGUUUUGGAUCGGAAAGAGGCCAUGAUCACGGUGGAUGAUGGAAUACGGAAGCUGAAGCUGUUGGCCGCCAAAGGCAAGGUGUGGACCCAAGAUAUGAUUCUCCAGGUGGAUGACAAAGCCGUCAGUCUGGUGGAUUUAGAAUCAAAGAAUGAACUAGAGAACUUCCCCCUGAGCACAAUUCAGCAUUGCCAAGCCGUGUUGAACUCCUGCAACUAUGACUCCAUCCUUGCCUUAGUGUGCAAAGAGCCAUCCCAAAGCAAAGCAGACCUCCAUCUUUUCCAGUGUGAUGAGAUUAAGGCUAACUUGAUCCAUGAAGACAUUGAAAGUGCAAUCAGCGACAGCAAAGGGGGGAAGCCAAAGAGAAGACUUGAAACACUCAGGAUGAUUUCGAAAGCUGACCACGCCAUUCCUCCACCGCCGAGAGCACCAGCUCCUGUCCCCCCAGGUACCGUUACGCAGGUGGAUGUCAGGAGCCGGGUAGCAGCCUGGUCCGCUUGGGCAGCCGAACAAGGAGAUUUUGAGAAAGCACGACAGUUCCACGAGCAUGAAGAGACUGCUGAAUUGAUGGCAACGAAGAUUGACAGAGACGUUCAAAUUCUAAACCAUAUUUUGGACGACAUUGAAUAUUUCGUCACCAAACUUCAGAAAGCAGCGGAAGCGUUUGCGGAACUUUCAAAGAGGAAGAAAUCAAAGAAGAACAAAAAGAAAGGACCUGGAGAGGGUGUCUUAACGCUCCGUGCAAAACCUCCACCUCCAGAUGAAUUUAUUGACUGUUUGCAAAAAUUUAAGCAUGGCUUCAACAUUCUGGCUAAGUUAAAGUUACACAUCCAGAAUCCUAGCGCACCUGAAUUGAUUCAUUUUCUGUUUACUCCCUUAAAUAUGGUGGUACAAGCAACAGGAGGUCCAGAGCUUGCUGGAACAGUUCUCAGCCCCCUCUUAACAAAAGAUACAAUAGAAUUCUUGCGUUACACCGUCACAAAUGAGGAAGGGCAGCUAUGGAUGUCUCUAGGUGACACAUGGACCAAAGCCCGAGCAGAGUGGCCAAAAGAACAGUUCAUCCCGCCCUACGUGCCACGGUUCAGGAAUGGCUGGGAGCCCCCGUUGCUGAACUUCAUGGGAGCCCCGAAGGAACAAGAGCUCAACCAGUUAGCCGAGUCUGUGGCAAACGUGGCUGAGCAGCAGCGGAAGCAAGAGAUGAAACGGUUGUCCACUGAGCAUCCCAAUAUCUCAGAUUAUCCUCCGGCUGAAGGGUAUGCAUUCAGUAACACAGCUUACAAAAGAGGGCCUCUGCCGGACCAGGGGGCAGCGGUAGCUGCUUUUAAGCAAACUGUUAGCCGACAUGUAGAUAGAAAUUAUGAGGCGCAUAAAACCCCUUCCAAGAAAUAUGCCAAAACCAGGUACGACUUUGUGGGAAGAAACCCGAGUGAACUUUCUGUCUCGAAGGAUGACAUUUUAGAGAUUCUCGAUGACCGAAAGCAGUGGUGGAAAGUCCAAAAUGCAAACGGAGUCGCAGGAUUUGUGCCAAACAACAUCUUGGAGCCUCUCAGGUCUCAGGAAGGUGGCUGUACGGAACCGGCAUACACACACACUAUACAGAAACAAAGGACAGAUUUUGUUCCGAAGCAACCUGACCCCAUGCCCGCUGCUCCGUCGCCACCCCACACGCCGCUCCCAGUCCCAGUCCCUCUCCCUCCGAGCGUUCCAGCGCCUGUCCCAGUUCCUGUGCCAAAGGUACCUGGAGCCAUCAGCCGCCAGAGCAGCACGUCGAGCGACAGCGGGCGAGACACCCAGAGACAAAAACCGCCCCCUAUAGAUCGAAGGAAAUCCCAGAUGGAGGAAGUCCAGGAUGAACUCAUUCACCGACUCACUAUCGGCCGGAGCGCUGCCCAAAAGAAGUUCCAUGUGCCACGCCCUAAUGUCCCCAUAGUCAAUAUCAACCAUGACUCUUCUCCGGAAGAUGUGAAAAAUUGGCUACAAGCCAAAGGAUUCAACCCAGUGACUGUCAACAGCCUUGGCGUUUUGACUGGUGCUCAACUGUUCUCCCUCAACAAAGAUGAACUGAAGUCUGUAUGCCCUGAGGGAGCUCGUGUAUACAGCCAAAUUACUGUCCAGAAAGCUGCAUUGGAGGCUACCAGCGGAAAUUCAGAAUUACAAGAGAUCAUGAGACGGAGGCAGGAGAAACUCAGCGCGACCGCCACGGACUCAGGAGUAGAGUCUUUUGACGAGAGCAGUGGUCACUAAAUGUCUUUCCUGUUAUUAUUAUUUUUGUUACUGUUUCAAAACGAAGAGAGAGAGAAAUUCCAUUGUCCUUGGCAUUGUUCCAACAUGCUUUGUUUUAGGAAGCCAUGAAGGGAGAAAUGUCUGCUUAAUGAUGACUAUUUAUGUAGAUAUGAUUUGAUGCCAUAAAGAAAGCAUGCAAUUGGGAGGUAAGGUGGAAGAGCAAUUGCUCCGCCUCUCCCUUGAUUUAAAAGUAUAUUUAAAGGGAAAAAAUCCUCUGGGAGUCCUUAACCAGCACUCCCAGGGCUGGCUUGUUGAAAAGCAAUCAUUUCAUGCUUCUUCAUUUUUUAGGGGACAAGCAAAAUCACAUUGCUACUUUUGAGCCAUUCAUAGACACUGAUCCAGCUGACGAAAUGGGUUGAAAUCUUCGGGCCAGUGUGAAUCCAAAGGGCCAUGAUCUCUCUUUAAGUCCCAUUGGCCUCAAUGGGAAAGUUAAGCCUAUGAUUGUCUCUGCCAUUGAUAUCAAUGAGAACCUGAAAGGACUUUUGUUGAGACUUCUCUAUGACAACCCUCCUUUUCAUUAUGGCCCCUUUCUUUUUAUUUUCCAUUUCUGAGCACCAAAAUGUCCAAUUUAUUCAAAAGUUCCUGAAUGCCAACAAUCGGAGGCUAAAUAUUUUUGAUAUCAGCUGCAGUCCUGUUCUUACAAUUCUUCGGACAGCAUCAUCAGAUGGAGGCAUAUAGAGCAAAAUAAUUUAUUCUGGAUUUCAAUUUUAUUGCUGUUCCAGUGGGAAUAAGCACAAACCAAUAAAGACACCUAUAAAGGAAACAACAGCACAAAUGUCAAUUUUUUAAAAGUGGGGGGCAGUUUGACCCUUUUUGGGUACCCGUGUGGUUAUUCACAGUAUUAUCAUUAAGAGUGUUGCAUUUUUUUUAUUUUUGCUUUAACUCACCAGUCAAAAGGGAAGGGAACUCCAGGUUUUGCAGUGGCAAACAGGAAAGGUGUUUCUAAUGUUUUUUUUUAAAAAAAACAUUGAAGGGAAUAAAAUCUUCAUUUCUAACCUUAAUCUUUUAAAAUAUGGCCAACCUAACUACAAAAAAUAUUACAGUAAAUGUUGUGGGGUUUUGGGACUACAAUGACUUUUUUAAAAAAUUUCUUUUCCAUACAAAACGUUCUAUUCUGUCACUUGUAUAUAAAGGCAUCAAAACCCCAUCAUGUCAUUUAAAAGAAAUUAAUCAUCUAGUUUAAUUAAUUUUCAUGGUGCCUUUUUUCACAUGACUCAGCUGAAAGUCUGCAAUAAACAAUAUUUGAUGUA